GAUGGGCGACAUGAACACAGAAGGGGCUGAAAUGGCUCAUCUGGACCAGGAGACACGAUUCUGAACAGCAGCCCCCAACUUUCCUGACCUGGUCCCUAUCAGCCAGUCAAUUGCAAUGAGGGAAAAAGGUUUUGUGUAAUCAUUCACAGUUCUUUUUCGUGUGUUUCACUCACACCAUUUUUUUCACAGUGGUGUUCAUAUGAUUACAUACCCUGACAGAAUUAUGCCCUAUGCUUUGCUGUGUUGAUAAGUAUCAUAGAAUGUAAAUUAUUACAAAAAAAAACCCUUUCACUCAUUGCACCCUUUCACUAUUGACUGUCUGAUGACAUUUAUCAGCACUCCCCUGUGUUUACUCCAUCAUAACACAAACUACCAACAUGACCCUGAUCAAAGUUUACAUAACCUAGGGUCUGAUGCUGUAUGUUGCCCCCUUAUACAUCAAUGGUUGUCCUAUGCCUCUUGAACAAUUUCAAUGUUGUCGUCCUACAUUGAAGACUAUGUAUUAUGUUAAUAAUCAAACAAUGAUAAACCAAUGAUAAUCUACUUUAAUAUUGAUAUUUCUGACUUCUUUUACUUCUUUCAGGUCAUUUCUGAUCAAGAGGUGCACAAAUCUGAGAAUGCUUUGUUGGUGAAACAUAUCAUGAACAAAAAAUGGAAAGCAGCGGCCAAACUAAUCAUGAAGCAUGAGGAGCUUUCACAGGAAGUGAAGGCCAGCAUCCUUACAGUCAUUGAAAGUGAAUCCAGAGCACUCUGCGACCCCAGCAAGAAAUGCAUGUUGUGGAGGUCUUCACCAGAAGAUUUGAGUUCUUUCUCAUUUAGCAGCCUGGAGUCAGACCUGCAGCGCCUCUCACCACUCCUCUUGUCCAUCUUCACAACCAUCACAAAACACUCACGUUUUGUCACCUGUGCUGCUGCUGCAAUUGCAUUAAGAGGUAGAGAAAAUCGCCUGUCUGGGUUCGCUUACUACAUCAACUGCAUUCUGCAAUAUGGGGGUGCAAAGAAAGCAGUGUUUGAAAGGCUCAGCAAAUUUGCCAUUUCAACAACAUACAAGAAUGCUAUUGGAAAGCAGAAGGAAUUGGCAAACAAUUGUGGAUCUGGUCUUUGGUCAUUGAAGAGGCAAAACGAAGAAUUCCUGGCAAUGGAAGCUGGGUGUCAGCCUGUCAGUGAAGAGCAGGACGAAACCUCCAUAGAUGCCUGGACGGAGUCUGAGAUGAUACCCGGUGAUGUGUUCCGAAGUAUGGAAGACCUUCGAUUAUCAGGAGAAUUGGCUGAAAGCUGUGCCACAGACCAGGCCACAUCAGGGGAAGGGAUCACAUCUGAGCUGGCUGAAAACGUCACGGAGCAGGCAACAUCAGAUAAAGAGUUGAGGACCUCAUCAGAGAUGACUGAAGGAAGUGCCGUGGACCAGGGUUCUGGACAUGAUGUGAGGAUCAUAUCUCAGUCGUUGGUGGAGAAGUGCUCGACUACACCACACACUUAUUCCAUCAUCUUUGAUAAUUUAGAUUUUUUCAUGCGCACACACCACCAGUCCAGCCUACACAGUAACAAGUCAAUUCAUUGGAUACACCACAUCGCUGUCCAGGACCGUGUCCCCAUUUAUCACCUGGCUAAUGACAAACCAAUUGGAAAUCUUCUGGACUAUGACCUGAAUUUGUCACUCCCUGGAAAGAAUGAACAAAUGCAGAUGCGAAGAGAGUACAUUGUUUUCACCAGCCGAAUCCUGUCAAGUUACCUGUCUGUAUUCAAGCCAUUCUCCAAUGUGGUUGUACGCCACAUACCGCAUCAGUAUUCAGCAGAAAUGGCACAGCAUUCCACUGAUUACCCAUUAGGACUGCUUUUCAAAGAUGAAAACAAAUCUGCCGAUUUGGCAGAAGUACUUCAUCACUUCCAGAACACGUAAGCAUGAAGCAGGGUCACAAAAUUCUUUCCAGUGUUAUAAAUGUGAGCAGAAUAUACAAACAAUUUCUUCUGUCUCAAUUGUAGGUAUGUACCAAAACAGCCUGAUGGGAUUUCAACCAUUUUGGUUGGAGGCGACAGGCUUUCCGAAGCAAAUAGCAGAAACCUGCAGUGGGCCUAUGCCAAUGGUCUGAAUACGGAGGAGCGAUUGGAUGGCAUGGAAUUCAUGUUUGAGGACUGGCAUGCGAUUAGGAUGCUAUUUCAAGUGAGUAAUGUAUCACAUUGUGACGUGUGUUUGCUGAAACUGUUAUAUUCAGUUCAUUCAUUAUUUAAUUUAAGACAGUAGGUCAUAGUUGAAGUGUGUUGUACUGCUAUUAAAAACACAGUAUUCCCUUAAAUUUGUAAUACAGUUGCAAA